UGAAGGAAAACGAGCAUAUAUUCGACCUUGCGGCGUACAGGCAACGACCUUGGCGGGCUGUCACAUCCUGUGCGGUCGCUUCACGGCAUUGUCUAAUAGAAAAAAUAAUAGGACUGCCGCCGUGACACGCCUACCCGGCGGCGAUCAACGAACACCCCCGGCUUUAAGGGCAGUGUCGUUACCGGCCGGCGGUGCGGCGCCGAUAACGUUGCUACGCUUGUGCGUGUGCACAGACACGCCUAUUCUUGGUAGCGAGCCGCCGAUGCCAUGAACACGCUUAACAUUUCCACCGAUUUGACAGCCGCUGCCAGUUGUUCACCUAUGAGAUUCGACUCUGCCUGCUACGAACAAGAAAGCGGCGACGCCGGUGAGGUGACCGAUGAAGCAUAUGUCACGUUGGCAACGGACGACACCUACUCGCUGGGUGCUCUUGUGUUGGCUCACUCCCUCAAGAGGGUGCAUACGUCACGGCAGCUGGUCAUCCUCAUCACCAGUUCAGUCACAACGCAGAUGAGGUCACUGCUAAGCCAGGCCUUCGACCUUGUGGAGGAGGUGAACCUGUUGGAUAGCAGAGAUCCUGCGAACCUGGCCCUGCUCAAUCGGCCAGAACUGGGUGUCACAUUCACCAAGUUGCACUGUUGGAGGCUGGUGCAGUUCAAGAAAUGCGUCUUCAUGGACUCUGACACCCUGGUCCUCCAAAACUGUGAUGAGCUAUUUUCCAAGGAAGAGCUCUCUGCCGUACCAGACGUUGGCUGGCCUGACUGCUUCAACUCUGGUGUUUUUGUUUUUGUCCCCUCUGAGUCCACCUACAAUGCCCUCAUCAAGUUUGCUGGGGAACAUGGCAGCUUUGAUGGUGGUGACCAAGGCCUGCUGAAUCUGUACUUUCACGACUGGGCAACAAAGGACAUCACUAAACAUCUUUCCUUUAUUUAUAACAUGAACUCGAAUGUGUCCUACACCUACUUGCCUGCAUACAAACAAUUUGGCCAGGAUGUAAAAAUUGUCCACUUCCUGGGCCCGGUGAAGCCAUGGCACCAUGCAUUCAACCUCCUGACUGGCCAAGUGCAGCCACACGGCAGUAGCCAGCACAUGUUUGACCAUCUGCAGUUCUGGUGGGAACUCUUCAUGACGCACGUCCAACCCAAGCUAUUCCCAGAAUGUGCUGGCCUUGCUGGUGAGAUGUCCAAGCUGACAAUCAAGACUGCGGAAGAGCUGCGGCGCACUCCUACCGACCAGACAGUCUACGGAGGCUCCGAAGCACGGCAGUAUGCCUGGGAGCGGGGCCAGAUUGACUACAUGGGCGAGGAUGCAUUCGCCAACAUCCAGAAAAAGCUGGACUCAGCCAUGACGACACCGGCCGAACCUGCCAUCACUGAGAGUACCCACCAGGAAAAGAAGGCUGGCGACAAGCAGGUGUCGGGCACCAAAACACCACCAUCUGUGAAAUCCAAGAAACAGUCGAAGAAGUGAACGUGCCACACCUGUCUGGGGGUGCAUACUGGAAAUUAACAGGGAUGUGGGCAUACUUAAACUGAAGGAAAGGGUGCGAGGCAUCAGUUUAUUUUCUCAGUGUGCAAUAUUGCUGCAUGCGCAUUGUUGUGCUCAUUGAUGGCCUUCAAACAUCACGUCUUUUUCUGUUUUAUAGCGUAGUGUGUUUGUUUGCCUGAACUGUUUUCUUUUUGUGCCAAACCACUAGUGACUAAUGCUCUCAUUUUUAGCUCCAUAGGAGCCCUUUCUCUUUUUAUGUAUUUCAUGCAGCAGAAGCACCCAUUUUUUUUCCCCCCUAGUACAUCACCAGAAUCUUUUGCCAUAGGAGAUGUUGCUGUGUACAGGCAAUUUUUGCUACUCACACAUGUAUAGUUUUUUACAAAUUUGAGGUUUUGUUUUGUUGCAGAGCUGGCCUUUUGAGCUCUCGCCUAUGUGCACUUUUUGAAGCUGGCAUCUUUGACUGACUUUACUAUUGCUUCCUUUUAGGCUGUUGAAAUGUGGCAAAAUGGAAAUAUAUAUUAUACACUCAUGUUCUACAA